AUGUCUGACUACAAGCCCAGCGAGCACGACGGUCUCCGUAAGGACGGCAAGCCCGACGGCCGUGUUGGCACUGGCGAGUUCGCCCACGGAAAGGUCGACCCCCAUCAGGCUGGCAAAGAGGGUGGCCAUACCUCUGGCACUGGAUCUGCCGACAACUCUGGUAGCAGUGGCAGCGACUACAAGCCCACUGAGCAUGGUGGUGCUCGCAAGGAUGGCAAGCCGGACGGCCGCGUCAAGGGCAAUUAA